UUUUUUAUUGUUUGAUUUAGCUUUUGUCAAAGCAAAUUAUUUUUCCUGAUGAUUUAAGCUUUGUUCAAGAAUCAUGAAUAAAAUAUUGAUUAUUCUAUUUGUAACCUGUUUUUUUCUGCCGUACUUUUCCUGUAGAUUACCGUUUAUUUAUUACUCGCAUCAAAAACUUCAUAUGAAGUUAAAAAACUUAACAACUAAAUACGCAGAUAUCUCAAGACUUUACAGCAUAGGAAGCAGCAUAUUGAAUAGGAGUCUCUUAGUUGUAGAAAUUAGCGACAACCCAGGGGUUCACGAAUUUUUAGAACCAGAAUUUAAAUAUGUUGGAAACAUUCAUGGUAAUGAACCUGUCGGAAAAGAAGUUCUUUUUCACUUGAUUGAAUAUUUAUUGACAUCGUAUGGAAAGAACCAAACAAUAACAGAAAUUAUUAAUAGUACCAGAAUUCAUAUAAUGUGUUCUCUAAAUCCUGACGGUUUCGAAGUUGCAAAACAUGCUAAAAAAAAAAGAGGAAUCCAUUCAGGUAGAUACAAUACUAAUUUUGCAGACCUAAACAGAAAUUUUCCUGAUCCGUUUGAUGAAAGACCUAACCCGUUGCAAAAAGAAACAGCAGCUGUAAUAGAAUGGCUAAAAUCUUAUCCGUUUGUACUUUCAGCAAGUCUACACGGUGGCGCAUUAGUCGUAAACUACCCUUACGAUAAUGUUCAACUAAAGUCGCUUGUAGAAAAUGUGUAUGGUAUUUCACCAGAUGACGAUGUUUACAGGUUUAUAUCACUGGAGUAUGCUAAAACGCACCCAACUAUGCAUUUAGGUAACACAUGUAAUUCGAGAGAACACUUUGAAAAUGGUAUUACAAAUGGAGCGUUUUGGUACAUUGUUGCAGGUAGCAUGCAAGACUAUAACUAUAGAUACACUAACUGCUUUGAAAUAACAAUAGAAAUUAGUUGCGCUAAAUUUCCACCUGCCAAUCUAUUACCACACCUUUGGAAUGACAAUAAAAAUUCAUUAAUUAAGCUUAUACAAAAAGUCCACAUGGGAAUUAAAGGAGUAGUUCGUGAAUUAGAUUCCCGAAAUCCGAUUGCAGGAGCAACAAUUAAGAUUGUAGGGCGUGAUAAAGACAUCAUAACUUCUUCUACAGGAGAGUACUGGCGCCUACUACUAAGUGGCAACUAUAUUGUUGAGGCGUCUGCAAAAGGAUACAUUUCGAAACGAAGAACAGUAAAUGUUUUGGAAAAUAACGAAAAUCUUGUUUCCUUUUAUCUAGAAAAACAAGCAGAUUUACAAGAAAUAGAAAAUUAAUAUGUACCUAGUACUACACUAUUUUAUUGUUAAAUAUUUUAUUGAUAUAUUAUAACCUUAUAUUAUAAUAAGCCACUGUUAACAAAAUGUCGGGAUGAUGAGUUUUUAAAACUAUAUUUUUAUAUAUAGUUCUUCUUUUAUUACGUUUAAAUGUAAUCUUUAUACUAUGUAAUAAAGUAAUACAAAAUAUAAACUGUAUAACGUGGUAAUAUUAAACUUGUUAUAAUAUUA